AUGGCGGAAUCGUCCAAUACACAGAGGGAUAUUGGGAUUUGUAGUGCUUCAAAGAUCGCAGACUUUUUUGUAACUGAAUAUUAUAGCCGUCUUAAGAAAGAUCCUACUACAUUAUAUGAACUUUACCACGACUCUGGAAGUUUAAUAUGGGCUGGAUAUAGGCCUGAUGUUCUUCUUGGAAAUAAGACUCGCUUACCUUCUGUUUUGAGAGCUGAGACUAAGGAAAAAAUCCGCUCGGCUAUAAAUUUAUUGAAUUUGAAUGACUGUACAACCUAUGUUGAGGUUUUAGAAUGUUCUAGAUCUAUUUGUAACUCAUUUUGUAUUACAACCAAAGGCAGGAUGUACAUUGGCGAUUCAGAAGGUGUAGGAAGAGGUUUUGUUCAAAAUUUUCUACUAACUGAAAUCCGUCCAAGGUGGUAUUUUGUCAGAAAUGAUUGUCUACUAUUUCUAGACUCUGAUCUACCUUUAUUACCAGAUAAGAUUUUGUCUAAGCAUGGAGUAGAUAGUCAUAUGCCUGAUACCUCUUCUAAUACUACUGAUCAACAAGUAGAUCAUGAAACGGUAACUACUUCUAAGGUAGAAGUCUCUUCAAAUAAUCAAGUUUGUAUCUCUGACAAUCUUGAACCCAAAAAAGCUGUAGUACAUGAAUUAAUAGAACCCCCAUCUUCCCAAACUGAAGUAGCAAAUAUGAAUGGCGACACCCUUAAUUCAGGUGAUGUGAAUGAAAAUAAAUCAAAGUCAAAAUAUGUCUCUACCAGUUAUGCUGGAAAAUUGAUGGGUGGUCUUAUGAAUCCAAGUACUAAGGUAAAGGGCUAUGUUAUCCCUGCUCAUGAUAAUAAACUACCAGAUUCAAGUAAUAAUAUUGAAGGAGUGAACAGUGAAAGCAGGGCUUCUAAAGAUACAAUAAAUAGACGCAAAAUAUUUGUGCAUUCUAUUCCCCAAAGUAUCACUGAUUCCCAAAUUAGAGAAGCUGUACAAAAUCAACUGAAAAUCCAUGGUGGAGGCUAUAUUAUUGAUAUUGAGAGAGCUAGAAUGAAUAAUAAACACUGGGGAAUACUAGAAUUAGACUCGGAGCUAUCUUGCAAAACAUUAUUGAUGAAUAACCUUUAUUUGGGGGGAGUUGAAGUAUCUAUUGAAAGAUGGAGACCUCCCCAGUCUUCCAAUACUAAAUCUAUUAAGCAUGCGAAACAAAAUAAUUCAAACCACAUGAAACAUUAA